GUGCUGGCUUAUUUAGUCUGUGACGUACGUGCGUGCGCGAGCUCCGAUGUCGCAUGUUUUCUCUCUCUCUUUCUCUCUCUCUCUCUCACACACACAGAAGAUAGAAAAUGAGUGAGGAUGUAUAUGAGGUCCCCGAGGGGACGGAGUAUCGUUAUCUGGUGCAGGACGAAGAAGAGGAGCAGAUACAGUACGUCCGUCGCCACUAUGUCAGUCCAUUCCUGGUGGUGUCGCGCAAGUGCAUGUUCCUCAUCGGCUGUGGCGUGAUCGCUCUCCUCUCUCUCGCGGGAUACCUGGCUUAUGUGGCUGAGACUCCUCCUCCAAGGGUGGCAGAGGUGCAGACCGAGUGCGGUCGGCUGCGAGGGAGCUGGAAAGGCGGAGCUUAUUCCUUUAAAGGCAUCCCAUACGCAGUGCCGCCGGUGGGUGAGCGUCGCUGGCGACCCCCGGCGGACCUAUUUAAGGCGGGACAGUGUUGGCGGGGCGUUUACGACGCCACUCGAUUCCGUAGCAUCUGUGCGCAAGUGCAGCCCCUCCGAAAAGACGGACAGGUCAUGGGACAGGAGGACUGUCUGCAUCUCAGCGUCUGGACGCCGAGCCUAAAGCCCGCCAAACCACUUCCAGUCAUGGUGUGGAUCCACGGAGGGUACCUGCACAUGCUGAGCGGCCAGGAGAAAGGAUACUCGCCCACCGAAGAGCUGGCGGCCCGCACGCAGAUGGUGUACGUCAGUCUGAAUUACAGGCUCAAUGCUUUCGGCUUCAUGGCUCUGGAGAUGCUCAGGGAAGGCUCUCCCACCAACUCCUCAGGGAACUAUGGCUUCAUGGACCAGAUCCAAGCACUUCAGUGGGUCCAGAGAAAUAUCCAUGACUUCGGUGGCGAUGCUGGAAGGGUUACCAUAUUUGGUCAAAGCUCAGGAGGAACUUCAGUUUGGACUUUGAUGAUGUCUCCACUAGCCAAAGGACUCUUUCAUCGCGCGAUAGACAUGAGCGGCUCAUAUGUGUACAACGCCUCUCUGGAGUCAGCAGAAAGAGACAACUUAGAAUUCCUGAGAAGAACCGGCUGCAAGAACGCCAUCUGCCUGAGAGAUCUACACAUCGCUCAAGUCCUUCAGGCAAUCCCGUGGCAGCAGUACCCAGCAUGGGCGGCCGAUGAAAUAAUCGAUCUUCCGGUCAAAGGUGUUUUUAUUGGCCCAGUGGCAGUCGUUGACAACUAUGUUCUCAAAGCUCCUCCGUUCGAGACCUGGGAGAAGGGUGUAGCCGGAACCUAUAACGACGUCCCGUUUGUGGUUGGAACAACCGAACAGGAGACAGAUUUUGCUCCUCCAUACGUAAACAUCUCAGCAUGGAUUUGGGGAGACUAUCAGUGGAUUGUGAAAAACAAACUGACCCCUUUUGGAGAGGCCCUGACCAAUCAGGCGCUGAGGCUGUACAAUAGCUCAGCCCCGUGCCCGACCACUGACCGCUGUCCAGAGAGGCUCUUCACCACCAUGGUCUCUGACAUUAGGGCUACCUGCCCCAACAACGACCUGGCAAAGAGAGCUGCAGGAGCCUUAAAGAACCCAGUGUACCGUUAUCUGGUAACUUACACUCCAUCAAAACAGGCAAACACCUCCAGCUUGUUACCCUUCCCCAGUCGCUUUGCCUUUCAUCUCCUAGACAGCCUGGCCUUCUUCGGGGGUCUUGAAAUGGUGCUGGGGACCCUGUCGCCGGCUGAUAUCAACUUCCAGGAAAUGAUCACCAAGUAUUUCGUACAUUUUGCCAAAGAAGGCAGGAUGCCAGAGGAGUGGGAGGAGUUCCCUUCACGUGUCGCCCUGCUGGACAAGAACAUUUCUUUUGUAAAAAGCUACUCUCGCGAGAGGUGCGACCUGUGGGAGGAGAACGGCUUCUACUCGUACGCCUGGAUCAACUGACACGCUUCAUCAUCAUCAUCAUCAUCACUGGCUGCACCCAUCCAUCUGCUGUAUUUUCAUCCCGUAAAGCUUUUGUGUGAGCACGGAGUGUAUUUUGCGCCAAUUUUUGUACCUACAGUAAAAUAGGUGUAUUUCCAUAGGAAAGAAAAAUCACAGAGUCUUAAUCCUUUUUUCUAAAUAGAAAUAUCUUUCUGACGGGGAAAGCAUAUCACGUUAGACAACACCUUAUCUUUUUUUGAAGACCAAAAUUUCACGCACUAAUUCUGUACUUAAUAUACUAAAAAUGAUAUUUUAGUACUUUAUAAGAUAAACUUAAGGUCAUCUAGGUAUGUUUUGCGCUGUUUUGAGACACCAUGAAUAUGAACAUACUACCUUGUAUUUCAAAAAUGUAUUUAUACACUUGAGUGUACUAUUGUACGAAAGAUGCAUUCCAAAUACAUUUUUAAAAACAAAGAUAGUAUGCUAUAAGUGCAUUUUAGUCUCAAAAUAGCACAGAUGAGUACACUUCGAUGAUCUUAAAUUUAUCUUAAGUACUAAAGAAUCAUUUUUAGUACAUUUAAGUGUAUUAGUGCAGAAAAAAGGCACUUUAAUUACAUUAUGAAAGGAAGUGUACUUGUUUUUUUACCUGGGUAUCUAUCUGUCUGUCUAUAAUUUUAUCCGAUCUUUCGAUCGGUCUUUGGUUCUGUGAACUUCUGCGUUUAAUCGAACCUUUACAAGCUAAGAAGGGAAUCAGCGAGUCUGAAUGUGCCUUUGAACGAGCGAAGCCAUAAAUCCCCAAUAUUCCGUUUUUUUUCUUGUUUGUUUGUUACACUAAUCGGCUCCAUUCUUACAUUUUCAGAAUAUAGCCAGUCUGCUGUUUCUAAACCUGUUAUUCUUUGAUUGUGUGGCUAAGCUUUGACAUGGAUGAGAAGCCAGGGACACAAUGAGGGCCUACAAAGGGAUAAUGCGGCUCUCUGAUCGGCCUCUUUUAAUUUAACUGCUGCGCAAGCAAGACCGAGGGAGGACGUACGCUUACAUUGAUCUUUUGUUUGUAUGUAGAUGCCGUAGAUCUUCGCUAUCGAUGCAGUAACAGAAGCUGACAUUUAAGUUUUUGUACCUGUGAUCAAAGGGUCUUUUACCUCUCCUGGACAGACUUUAGAAUCAAGGCCUUCGGGAUCAGGAACAUGGCAACGCCUGGAGAGCCAUCAAACUAAAUCUGGUUCAGGAUCAGUUGUGUUUUAUAAGACAGCCCCAUUUCCCGGGCAGGGCUGAAUGAACGGAGAGGUCAGAGGCCGGUCUGCCUCUGUGCAACAGGAUGAAAGACAUCCGCUGAAUAAGAGCACAUGAAAGCCCUGACCCACAGACUUUAACCCUGUAAAGCCUGACGUAUUAAAAAUCGUGUAUUUGAUACAUCAGGCCUUAUAGCAUGACACGGGAAAAUACGGGCUAAAAUAUAAACGCUAGAAAAAUUAUUCAGAGGCUCAAAAAUAGAUGAUAGCUAACGUAAAUUUGUUAAAAUAUAUAAAGCAAUGCCGUGUUGAUUGAGAGAUUGACAAAUAUAUGUUCCUCAAAAGCCUGAUGAAUCAUAUUUGAUAUUUUAAUAUGGCUUUUCUAAAAAUGUGUGCGUAACUUUAAGAAAAACAAAUUUCAAAAAGUGUUUUUCUUGAAAUAUUACGACCAGCACAGUUCUUAAGUUGCUUCAGUAAGAAAAACACAUACAAAUUGCGCAGUAAAAAGAUAUCAAUCACAACCUGAAGGUCCACAUUUUUAUUGCUUUAUAUAUUUUAGCAAGUACAAGGCCAAUUAGUGUAUGAUUAAACUAUUAAUCAGACAACAGCAGGCAAAUACGACACCUUAUGCUUCACAGCCAAUACUCUGAAAUUUGUAAUUUUUUUUUUAUUGGGGUUAAAGAGCCAAUACUUACUUUGCGAGCAUUAUUAUUCUAUUACCACUCUUGUUUGUUUUGCACUUUAUCUGUAAUCCUUCUGUCGUGAAAUGAUUGUUGCGUUUAUUGAAACAAAGUCUUAAACAGCUGUUGCAGGGAAUUCAAUCUUUAUUCACACAAAUCUCAAUAGAUUCUUCUCAACAGGCUACAAUAAAUAGCUUUUUAUUCCA